AUGCGAUUUUCGUUUUUACUUUGUCUGGCCAAUUGGCUAGUUAUUGCUAAUGCGUCAUGGCAAUGCUUCAAUGUACACCCAAGCCACGCCGUUUCAAACUCUGAUUCCAUCGUUGAGUUGUUCCAUGUGACAGCCGGAGAAUGCUUGAAUUAUUGUAUUUCGCAAGCUGCACAGAAAGGAGAUGGCUGUGUUUCCGUUGUAUUCCACCGAAAGUUCAACACUUGUCAGCUUUAUGGACAUGGCGGUACUCACAACGGCGCUGAGGUGGUUUAUCUUGAAGAACACGAUUUCUAUAUUAGGAGUAGUUGGGAUGGACAGUGUCAAGACAAAACCACUCCGAGCAGAGGAUACAAACAGAGUAUUCAACAUCUGCAAUCGCAAAACACUGCCAAUUUACCACAAUCUCCGUCAAUUUCCAAUUUACCGAAAUUUGAGAACUCUGACUUUCCGAAAGACCCGAACCCUCAAGUUAUGAGAGAAAGCGUGCGAAAAGCUCCCGUUCAUUUUGAAAACGAGAUUUUACAAGAAAUUGAACGCCAGCAGAUGGAAGAUGAAUUUGAUAUGGAUUACAUGACCACUACUCAAGCACCAAAGAAGAAAACUCAUCCAGAUGUUAUCACAACGUUUAGAAACCCAGCCAAUAACUAUAAGUGUGAGAAAGACGAGACGUUGUCGUACUUCUUGAUUUAUGGAAGUCGGUUAUCAACAAAAAUGUUACCACAAAGAUUGAAUGGUGUUGAUCAGAGCAGUUGUUUGAUGUAUUGUAGUCAGAAUAUUAAUGCAAUCGGAGAAAAUAUUCCUUGUUAUUCUCUCAAUUAUGAACCAACCAACGAGAUUUGUGAAAUGUAUGGAGAACAAGAAAGAAAUGAAAGUGAUUCUUCAGUAUUGGCUAUCGAUGAUGAACACACUUUUGGAGACAAAUUUUGCAUUAAAACAAAGAAUCACUGUGAUACGGAAACUCUCUACCCAGUUCACCUUUACAAGAAAUUGACAAAAGAUAUAAUUGGGAAGGUUCCCGGGUUAGACUCAAAAAUGGCAUGUCUAGCAGAAUGUAUUGAAAAUAGAGAGUGCAAGGCUGUUACCUAUAAAAAAGGAAUGUGCGUUCUUCAUUCUGUUUCACCAAGUGACGACGAGUCUCUGCUUCAAGAUGGUCAUGGAAAAACUAUCGUAAUUGAGAACGGAUGUCAUAUUGCAAACAGAGUCAAGAAUGAAGAUACUAAAAUUGGAGAAGAAAACGAGGAGUCAGCUUCGUCGUGGCAAGAAUGGAGUUUAUGCCAGUACGGUGUAAAAGGAAGAAAAAUGAGAGUUCGUCAAAGGGAAUGCGAUGAUUGUGACGAGGAUUUGCAAGUUGAGGAGUGUUGA